GGCGGGGCGAGCCCCGAGCAGCGACCCGGCAGCGGGAGGGAGGGCUUAGAGUUACCGCCGGGGGUAAGGGAAGGACAACGAUGGCGCCGGUGCUGCUACUGCUGAUACUCUCGGUGCUGCCGGUGGCCGCCGCCUACUUGUGCUGCGUGCGGCGGCACACGGGCAGCGCGGGGUUCGUGAUGCGCCGCCGGGAGCCGGGCCGGGCCGAGGCGCGGAGCAGCAGCCCGCCGCGGGACACCUGGGCCCCGCGGCUGUGCGGCUCCGGGCUGCGCCUCUUCGUCCAUGUGGCAAACACGGCUUUUGGACAGAUCUGCUUGCUGCCAGUCUUAAUGAGGCUAAACAACUUCUCUCUCAUGCGUUCACUUGACAUUCAAGAAGAUCCCACGUUUAUCCCAGAGGUUGCUGCAGAGGUUACAGAAGACAAGUCUGAGGCUAAAAGCACUUCAGAUAUUAUAGAGCAGCUGAUAGAUGGAAGGUCUGAUUCUGCUCCCAAUGGGUUUAGCUUCAAAGGCAUCAAAGACUACCUGGACUGCUACUGGAGUGGGAAGCUGACACCAUCUCAGGUAGCAAGGAACAUCAUUGCCAUGCUGGAGGACUGCGACAAAUCCACACCCCCACUCAGAGCAAUUGUGCAAUGGGACCAAGAACAAAUAAUGCUGAUGGCUGAGGCCUCUACUGCUCGUUAUAGGAAUAAAUGUACCCUGUCUUACCUGGAUGGCAUCCCAGUGUGUCUGAAAGAAGAGUUCAAAGUGGCACCUUACCAUCACCGAGUGGGAACAGUGUAUCUCGGGACAGAGCCUGAAACUGAAGAUGCUACUGUGGCCAAGAAGCUGCGAGAGGCUGGGGCUAUCAUUAUUGGUGUAUCAAACAUGCACGAACUAGGGACUGGAACAACUGGAUGCAACCCUAAUAGGUACCACAAGAUCCCUAGGAAUCCUUACAAGCCUAACCACUUCACAGGUGGGAGCUCCAGUGGGUCAGCAGCAGCUGUAGCAGCAGGUCUUUGCCCGGUGGCUAUUGGCACAGAUGGAGGUGGCUCUGUGAGGAUUCCUGCUUCAUUCUGUGGUGUGGUGGGGCUAAAAGGUACAUUUGGGCGCAUCAGUUGUCAUGGCAGCUUGCCACUCUCCUACUCUACAGUCAGCGUAGGCCCUAUCUGUACCUCAGUGGCAGAUGCAGCCAUUGUCUACAGUAUUCUUGCUGAGCCAGAUCCACUCUAUCCAUAUGGUCUUAAACAGCCCAAAGCAACCCUUUCUGAUAUGUGUGCUCCUGAUCUGAAAGGCUUGAAACUGGGAGUGGACUGGACAUUUUUUAAGGCCUGUGAUGCUGAAAUCCUGUCCAUGUGUGAGAAAGCUGUGGAGCACCUGCAGAGUUUGGGAGCCAGUGUGGUUGAAGUGUCUCUUCCGGAGAUGGAAGAAGUUAAAGUAGCACAUGUAAUCUGCAUUCUCAGUGAGAUGAGGGAUUUUCUGCAACCUGACUUCAAUAAACAUUUUGAGGAAAUGAAUUUGGACACUCGGGCUAACCUGGCCUUGGCUUCACAGUUCACAGCUCUGGAUUAUAUUACAGCAAAUCGACAGAGAACUCGGAGCAUGAGAUUUCUGCGAGAGAUCUUCACCACUGUGAACUGUAUCCUUACACCAGCUGUUGCUUCUACUGCACCAAGAAUCUUUGAAUCUGACCUAGUGACUGGGAGCAGUGAUAUGUCCUUCACAGCUCGGUCCAUGAGGUUCAUGCAGCUUGGUAACUUCACUGGGAUUCCAGGCCUUGUGGUCCCCAUUGGAUAUUCUACUGCUGGGCUUCCCAUCAGUUUCCAGGUCAUGGCAAAAUGGUGGGAUGAAGCUGUUCUUCUGAGGAUUGGCCUGAAGCUAGAGCAGUUCCGUCAGCAGACAAAAAAACCAUCCAUUUAUUAUGACAUCCUUGCAUGACAGUGACCAAGAUUGGGAAUAAGUCUUUUUAUCUCUCCUAGACUGACCUGACCAAGUAUUAGAGUGGACUUGUUUUCAAUAUUCAUCUGAAUAAGGCUUAGUAGCAGGCCUGUUUGAGGAAUAGGGAGGAGGACUGAUCUAAAAAGGCACUGAUGCUAAGCAGACAUAAUUUCUGCUCCCUGCUCAUUACUAGAUGGUCCAGUUUAUACUGGGAGACCAUAUGUGCUAGCUAGUUUCUGCUGGUUUUGGCAAGCAGGGAAGCUGCAACUAUCUUGUGCAACUUCUUUCCCUGUAGGGGGGGUCAAGAUGGAAGACAAUUGCACCUACAGGACUGCAUCCAGGCAGCUUAUACUACUGUGCAUGUUGACCUUAAACCUUCCCACAGAACUCCCCCUGCUCCAGGACAUAAGAAAGGUACUGUUUUGAGGGGGAGAGGCAGCAAAUAAUAUCAGCUCCCUUGGAAGGAGGAGGAUCUUAACACACCUGAAGUUAGGUAGUGUGUGUUUUUACCCCUAAAAUAGUCCCUCAGAGCAAAGAGGAAAGCCUAUAGUUAAGUGUUACUGUGAUUCUGUUCUUCAUAUUGCAAACAGUAAGGUCAGUCUCACUGUUGCACAAAGUAUGGGUCUGCUCACUGCCUGAGCAGUCCUAUCUACCUUCACCCUUAUAUGCAAGGAGAAUAAAAAUCAGAGCAUGAACCCUCAGCAACUCUGUGACUCAAAGUCUUGGUUCAGGGUUCUGGCUCUGUUACACAUCUCCAUUUCCCAGGCAAAGCCUUGGAGCACCUCUUUUCUCCCACUGGUUGCUUCAGUAUAAGGUAUUUAGGUGUCCAAAUGGAAGGAACUGCUUGGUAAUGCUGUGAAAUACUGCUUAAGAGGUGCUGAGCCAGUUACUGUAAACAGGUGAAAUCUGUAGCUGAGUACUGCAGGAAUUGAAGAUGGGUGUAAGAAAUGUAUUGCACAAAGCCAUGUGCAGCUAAGGGUUUGCUAUAGAUAAAAAGCCAACCCCUUCUUAUCCCAAAUGUACUUCCUGAAGUAAUCAAUGUAUAAUUAAGACACUGAUUAGGCUACACUACACCCAGGAUGACAGGGUUCUAAGCCUGUGUUUCAUUGAAAGGCUCCAGACUGUAAAAUACCAAGUCCUGCCAGCAGCACCACAGUCACAGGAAAUAAAAGGUCCAAGAGUGUGUUUUUGGAGUAGCUUGAGGUUAAUGCUCAGAGGCAUCUGUUGCCUACCACAUCAGGUAUCCUGGGCUUGUGAUCAGGCUGCUGGAGAAGCUGUCUUAGACAGGAGUAGAGAAGAUACUGUAGUCUGAGCUUGGAAGGAAAGAAGGAAUAGAAAGUAGCUGUGGUUUCUCCCAAACUUGGUACCAUUGGUUUUCCAGCCCUACUCCCCCAAUACCUAUCCACUCUUUAAACAGAGCUAGCACUUUACUAAUUUCUAAAGUCAAGUCAGAUCACAUCUGAAUGAAAGAACAUUGCACUGCCUUCUCCUUGAUUACCCAAAUUAAAGCAUCAACUACCAUCAGCUGUCAUCAUCCACAGCUAAAUUAAUGAUAUGGUUGAUACUGUCUUUUAUCUUCAAUCCCUCUAUAUGAUACUGCCACAACUAUCCUUUGCACUAGAUUCUAGUACAGUUCAACUAUAUGAAGAAUGGUUAAAUAGCCAAAUUAUUUCCUCUAUUAUUAAUAAGUUAUUAAGUACUACCAACAUACCUUAGAGUGAAACAUUGCUGAAAUGCACUGUUUAGCAAUAUGGGAGUUCUAAGUGUUUGACAAGAAUAAAUUUCUGCCAGGAACAUUACUGCUGGAAGAAAAUGACUGAAUAUUCCCUAAUUUAAUACUGUAUCUCAAGGGAUUAGAGAGGGAUGUUUAAAAUACUCAAAUACUAUCCUGCUAGAAGAAGCUAUUUCAAAUCCCUUACUAAAUGAGAUACUACUCCUAAAUUGUUAUUUCAAUAUUUAGUUCAUUAUCUGGGCAGAGUGAGGAAGCUGAAGUUGCUAGGAGGAGAAAUAGGAGCUAAAGAGGUUAUUUCUUAAAAAUAAUACUUGCAUCCCGCUAACACUUGAGAACUGAGAGCUUUUACUGACUGACUGUAACUUAAGUCUGUCUUUCCACACACUGCUUCCUCCCUUUUCCUAAACUGGUCACACCAGUGCGCAUUUCCAGUGCAAGACCUCCCUGGUACUGAGGUUACCAAGAUAAAUUUUAUGCCCUGGUGAAAGGACCCAUGUUUCCUUUCUUCCCCAGGGUGUUAGCUUAUCAGAGUUCGACAGCAGGCCAGUUCCUAAUUAACAACAUACUGUCCCCACAUUAUGCAAUAGUUUUGUGAGCAAAGCAGACACAGUGACCACACACACAAGCCUGUUGCAUC